GCUAUUCCUACGACAACCUAAUUUUCCGCCGUCAAAGGUGGGGGUGCCCGUGGUGUCUCAUCCUCUGCGACCAUGGGGGGAGACAGUAAAGUCGACGGCAAGGAAGGCCCCCUUGAUGGCAGGCAGACUCAAAGUCCUUUCGAUGUCCGACCUGCGAAGAAGACGUCGAGGAGGAGUCGGUACCUCUUGGCCGCGAUCCUGAUUCCGCUCUACCUUGGGGCGACGUUCUACAAGUAUCAGGUUGGGCAUGCGAGGCAGGAGCAAGUCUCCGCGAUGCUGGAGGCGGCGCAAUGCCCGGUUCAGCCCAUUGGGUAUCGGUCGGUGAUGUCGCAGUGGCCCGUGGAAGGACUGUCCGCGGCGGACAAGGAGCUCUACGUUCAGAGGUUGUCGAAGGCCAUCCAGAUGGAGACCGUCUCGUACGACGACAUGUACCCCACGGAUCCUUUGCAAGCGCCCGAAGACGGUGGCGAUGAGCGCUGGCUGAAGCACGCGCGCUUCAAUGCCUGGGUGCGGUCCGAAUGGCCCCUUGUCUACGAACACCUCGAAGUCGAAUACGUCACAAAGUACUCGACCCUCCUCACCCUCCCCGGCACGAACCCCUCCCUACCGCCCGUCCUGCUCAUGUCGCACCAGGACACUGUGCCCGUGCAGACCGCGACCAUCGGCGAGUGGCACCACCCGCCCUUCGAGGGGCGCGUGACGGACCCGAAGGACGAUCCGCGCGGCAAGCGGUGGAUCUAUGGGAGGGGCGCGCUGGAUUGUAAGGGGCUGGUGACUUCGGAGUUGAAUGCGUUGGAGAGGAUUGUGAAGGAGCGGUUGGCGGCGGGGAUGGAUAUUAGGGGCGAGAGGACGGUUGUGAUGAGUAUUGGGUUUGAUGAGGAGAUUAUGGGGAUCAAGGGUGCUGGUAACAACUCUCGUGUUCUGCAGGAGCGCUACGGGCAGGACUCAUUCGCGUUCGUCAUCGACGAGGGGUCGACUGGUAUCGAGACGGAGUAUGGCCUUCGAGUUGCAAGCCUUGGCCUCUCCGAGAAGGGUUCCCUUGGGGCCAAGCUCCAAAUCGACGUUCCCGGCGGCCACGCUAGCAAGCCACCCCGCCAUACCGGACUGGGCAUCCUCUCCCUGCUCAUCGCCGAGCUCGAGGCGCACUCGAAUCCGCACACCCUGAAUGCCGAUUCCCUCUACCUCCGCUACCUCACCUGCCUCGCGCAGCACGCGCCCUCCAUGCCCUCCGGCCUCCGCUCCCGCGUCCUCGAUCCCACCGCCUGGCCCGCCCUCGCCGACGACCUCGCCCAGGACGACGAACUCCGCGCGCACCUCGCGACCACGAUGGCCGCGAACGUCGCGCGGGCGGGCGAGAAGAUCAACGCGCUCCCGGAGCACUCCGAGGCGAUCAUCGACUCGCGCGUCGGGUGGGACGACACGGUCGCCGCGGUGCAGGCGCGGUAUGCGGCGGUGAUUGGGCCGGUGGUGGAGAGGUUGAAUCUGACGCUGGAGGCAUUUGGGGAAACGGUGAAGGAGGGGGCGGAGGGGAGGGGGAAGGUGACGCUGGGGUUGAGCGUGCCGAGUGCGGGGAGGGAGCAUGCACCGAUUACGCCGAGUGAGGGGCCGAUUUGGGAGCUUAUUGCGGGGACGGUGCGCCAUGUUUGGGGCGAGGAUGUCAUUGUGGCGCCGAAGGGGAUGAUAGCUGGAACGGACACGAACUACAUGAAGCCACUCAGCAAAAACAUCUUUAGGUUCCGUGCAGUUCCUCUGGAUGAGGGCCAGAACGUGCAUACGGUCAACGAGAGAAUUACGGACGAUGCAUUGUUCGGCAUCACGCAGUAUGUAUACGAGCUUCUGGUCAACCUGGAGGGAUGGCGCGAGUAGAGGAGAGUUGAGGCAGUGAACCUGUAACCUGUAAAGGAGACGUGUACAAUGACUGAAGCGAUAUGUGGUCUCCAUGGUGUUCUUGAAUACGUUUUUAGAGCCUCGGUA